GUGGACUGCGAGACCUACCACACGGCCGGGGCCAUCGGCACCCAGGGGCAGACAGGGAAGCUGAUGUACGUGAUGCACAACUCCGAGUACCCCCUGAGCUGCUUCGCCCUCUUCGAGAACGGGCCCUGCCUCGUGGCCGACGCCAACUUCGACACCCUCAUGGUGAAGCUCAAGGGCUUCUUCCAGAACGCCAAGGCCAACAAGAUCGAGAGCCGCGGCACCCGCUACCAGUACUGCGACUUCCUGGUGAAACUGGGCACCGUCACCAUGGGGCCCAGCGCCAGGGGCAUAUCCGUGGAGGUGGAAUACUGCCCCUGUGUGAUCGCCAACGACUGCUGGAACCUGCUCAUGGAGUUCAUGCAGAGCUUCAUGGGCAGCCACACGCCCGGGAUCCCGUCGGUGUUCGGGGCCAAGCACGACAGCGUGUACAGCCCCGGGGACACCAUGGUGCAGUACAUGGAGCUCUUCAACAAGAUCCGCAAGCAGCAGCAGGUGCCCGUGGCUGGGAUCAGAGUUUUCCAGUGCUGUGUGUGUUUCUGGUUGUUCUCCGUGGUUUGGAGCGUGUCUGGGAUUAGAUCCAUGGUUCUGCGGAUUGGAUCCGUGGUUCUGUGGUUCUUUGGGCAGUGCUUCGUGCAGGGAAUCAGUGUCCAUCAGCAGGAAACUGCAGGAAAAGGAGAAAUUCCAGCCAAACGCAAGGGCAGAGCUUCUGUGACUGCAAACAGCUGCGGAACAGAGCUUUUAAUUUUUUACUUCUUUUUUUAAUAUCCACAUAAAGGUGUCUUCUUGUAUUCCACCCCAAUAAACCUGUAUUUUUGGAGAA